CAGCCCUGCUGUCGUCAGACCACCUCCCCGUCCGCUCCUUGUGCUGCUCCCCCUUCCAUACAGCUCCGCCCAAUUGUUGCCGGACAAUUGGACGCCCCCGAUCAUGCCAGCACAGCCUCUCAGAUAGUCGAACGCGCUGCUCGGAUCUCUUUAGCUUUCACCUUCUCUUUUCGACGAUUUUCCCAACACGUAAUCCACGCUCAAAAUGGUCAAAUUCUACUCCUCAACCGACACUCUAUCGUAUCCAUUCCCCGCCGUCACUCUCGCCUACUUCCUACGGUACCCCAAUCCGUAUUCCACACACGUCGUCUCCACGGACACCAUCUCGCGGCACUAUGACCCCGAAACGCAGCAACUCACAACGGUCCGGCUCCACCUGAAGCGCUCCAAACUCCCGUCCGCCGUCCUCCGACUCGUUCCUCGCUCCCUCCUCGGUGCCUCAGCCAGCGGCGACACACAAUCGUACAUUUUGGAAAAAUCAGUCGUCGACAUCAGGAACGGGCGCAUGGACACGGAAUCCCGGAAUCUGGAGUGGACAGGCGUGCUCAGCGUCGUUGAACGUCAAUCUUUCAUACGGCCGUUUCCCGAGGCCGAGAAGGACGCCCAGAUGUGGAAGGGCAUGGAGAAUGCAGCCCGACGGCACGGCUUCCUCGCCUUCGGCCCUGACGCAAAGGUUCAAGAUACGGGUGAAUCGACGGACGUGCACAGCUCAGUAACCUUACACUCGCACAUCGGCGAGAAGUGGAGAAAGAAGCGCGCUCCGGAGGACGGAGGAGAAGGCGAGGAGGAGCCACCGCAAAAAGUGGGCUUCUUCAAUCGCUGGGGCACCGCUUCCCUUCAACGCAGCAUCGAAAUGAUUGGCCUCAAGCGUGCCCGACGAAGCCAGCCCAACGCAAAAGAAGGCAUGAAGGUUGUCCUCGAACGUAUGCGCGAGGGAGGACUCGUCGCGGUCCUGGAGGGCAUGCGGAAAGAUCGUGAAGCCAUUCUCCACGGCGGCCACCAUCAUCACGCUUUCAAGAACAGCCGCAGUCCGAACGACGAUGACGACUAGUCCGCUUACCUUGGCGCAAGGGUCUUGUAUUUCAGCAAAUGUUGGAAUCCCUGUAGCAUAGGCGUGUGCGCAGGGAGAUAGGGUGUUCUUGUUUGGUUUUAGCGAAGGCGUUUUCGGUUCCCUCUCCCUCACACCUCAUGUUCUUCUUUUCGCGGUGUCUUACUAGCUUUCGUCUCUUUGCCUUUAGCAGCGUAUCCGUUUCCCCGCCAAGUCCAUUCGUUUGGCUGAGGAGGAGAUCAGAGCGCCGGGCGGGAAACGUUUUUGUGUGUAUUAUAUCACGAGGUUGUUUUUGGGUUGUGGGAUUGUUUUAUUUGCAUUGAAUGAGAAUGAACAUGCUUCUCUCGAA